UACCCUACCGAUCACAAUGAUCACAUGAAUAGUAUAGAAUUGCAUCAUGCAACUGAUGCAACAGCUGAACAGCUGGGCUUGAGCUGGUUUGCUUUGAUUUGAUCAACUCACAAAAAUGUAUCCGUAGAAAUUUAGUACUUAUCUGUUUGUUAAUUGUUUGGCAUUUUAAUUUAAAUUUAAUGAUGAGUACUUCCGAUUCAUGUAUUCGCACCAUGAAAGUUGCACUCUGUCCAUCUAAUCCCUUAUCGUUUACCAACAUAGCAGCAGUAAAUGAAAAUGAUUUCAAUAGCAAUGUCAAGUACAUAAAAGUCAAAACGAAUUCCGGUCCUCACUACGUUUUCACGGUUUGCGUGGAUAAAAAUGUUGUCAGAGGAACGAUUGGCUUUUCUGAACCGCAAAGACAAUGGGCUAAAUUAUCGAUCACUCAGGAUAUUAAAGUAGAACCAUGCAAUGUAUCAGAAUGCUUAUGUCUCAUAGUAGUGGAAGCAGAUUUUUACAAAUUGUAUGAAAAAAUACCUAGAACUACUAUGGAGGCAUAUGAUACCGAUCAGAUGGCGAAGGAAUUUCUCGUGCAAUUUUCUCGUAUGGCAUUCUCAUGUGGACAACGAUUUGUUUUUCAGUUCCAGAAUAAAAAACUUCUAUGGCUGACCGUGAAAAGUUUAGAAGCUGCCGAUCUGAAUGCAAUAAAAGCGGGCGAAGAAUCCAAGCCUCGUCCUGUGGAGUUAGGAUGCUGUCUCGCCAAUACCAUUAUCCAGUUUGAAAAAGCAGAACGUUCUGGUAUCAAUUUGAUAGGAAAAUCGAAAGGCAAAGCUCUGCAGCAGUCCAUCAUUAGUCCAGAUUGGGAUUUCAAUAAAAUUGGAAUCGGUGGUUUAGAUAAAGAAUUCAACGCUAUUUUUAGGAGAGCUUUUGCAUCCAGAAUUUUUUCUCCCGAACUGAUGGAACAGAUAGGAUGUAAACACGUCAAGGGUAUAUUGCUACAUGGACCUCCAGGAAAUGGUAAAACAUUGAUGGCUCGUCAAAUUGGUAAAAUGUUGAAUGCUCGAGAACCAAAAAUCGUGAAUGGUCCUCAAAUAUUAGAUAAAUAUGUUGGAGAAUCUGAAGCAAAUAUUCGUCGAUUGUUUGCGGACGCUGAAGAGGAAGAAAAAAGGGCUGGUCUCAAUAGCGGUUUGCACAUUAUUAUUUUCGAUGAAAUUGAUGCUAUCUGCAAAGCAAGAGGCUCUGUCGGUGGAAAUACCGGUGUUCACGAUACUGUUGUCAAUCAAUUAUUGGCUAAGAUCGAUGGCAUCGAGCAGCUUAAUAAUAUUUUGAUCAUUGGAAUGACAAACAGAAAAGAUAUGAUUGACGAAGCUCUUCUUCGACCUGGUAGACUUGAAGUUCAAAUGGAAAUCGGUUUACCUGAUGAAAAAGGUCGCUAUCAAAUUUUACAAAUUCAUUCCGCCCUAAUGUACGAGAAUGAAAAAAUUUCGGCCGAUGUCAAUUUGGAGGAAUUAGCAGCCUUGACUAAAAAUUUCAGCGGUGCUGAAAUCGAAGGUUUAGUACGAGCUGCUCAAUCAACUGCCAUGAAUCGUUUGAUUAAAGCUUCUAAUAAAGUCGAAGUCGAUCCUGAAGCUACGAAAAAGUUGAUAAUUAAAAAAGAUGAUUUCUUACACGCAUUAGAACAUGACAUCAAGCCUGCUUUUGGUGCUGCUGCCGAGCAACUAGAACAUUGUCUUGCUGGCGGAAUUAUUGUUUGGGGCAAACCUAUAAGCUCAAUCUUGACUGAUGGAGAUUUAUUAAUCAAACAGACUGAAGCUGCUGAAACAUCUGGAUUAGUUUCUGUUCUCAUAGAAGUUGUUUUUUUUUUAGGACCUCCAAAUUCCGGGAAAACAGCAUUGGCUGCGGAAUUGGCCAAAAGAUCGAAUUUUCCAUUUGUCAAAGUUUGUAGUUCGGAAGAUAUGGUCGGGUUUUCUGAAUCGGCCAAAUGUCUAAAUAUUCGUAAAGUUUUUGAUGACGCCUAUAAAUCUCAAUUAAGUUGCAUAUUAGUAGAUGAUAUCGAAAGGUUACUUGAUUACGGUCCUAUAGGACCUCGUUACUCCAAUUUAACUCUUCAGGCAUUAUUAGUUCUCUUGAAAAAACAACCUCCCAAAGGGAAAAAAUUAUUGGUUUUGUGUACGAGCAGUAGAAGGCAAGUGUUGGAAGAUAUGGAAAUGUUAUCCGUUUUCUCAUCUGUUUUGCAUGUUCCUAAUCUAAGUGAUGCUGAGCAUGUGAAAAAAGUACUUGAGCAGUCACAUGUGUUCAAUAAAAAUGAAGUGACCCACAUUAUUAGGAAUGAAUUAUGCAAUCGAAAAAUAUUUGUGGGAAUCAAAAAAUUGUUAUCGUUGAUCGAUAUGGCUAGACAAGUAGUUGAUGAUGAUUACAGAGUUCCCACAUUCUUGACAAAAUUAAAAGAAGCUGAAGCAGUACUUUAAUCUUUAAAGUUGUUUUUUUUUUCAUGCAAUCUUACGUGUCCAAGCUGCAAAAAAGUUUUUUAUAGUGCUUUUUUUUCUUGUUAGUUCAACAUUCCUAAUUAUUAGUUUGAUAUUUUUUUUACCAUUUUAAUAUAUGUAGUACCAUUAUCGUUA